AUGGCCGAGCAAAUGUCCACCCCGCGCAUCACUGCGCCAUACCUCGACAACUUUGUCGGCCGAGUUAUCAUGCUCGUUGGCAAGGUCACGCAGCUCCGGGGUGACCAAGCGACUCUGGACUCGGAUGGCACAGUCACUGUGUUGCUGAACAGGGAUGCGCAUCUCGCCAAUGGAAACUCUGUCCAGGUCAUUGGAAAGGUCAACCCGGACCUGACGAUCAAAGUUUUGACGUCCCGGGAUCUGGGGAACGGUGUGGACUUUGGCCUUUACUCCUCCGUCGUCGAGGCUACACAUCGACACUCUUCCAUCUUUGUUGGAAAUUGA